AUGGCGAGCGGGCCAGCUGUCCCCAUCAUCGUCGGCGUGGGCGACGUCCGCAACAAGUCGUUGAAGAUCGAAGACGCGGUCGAGCCCGCGCAACUCAUAAUCAGGGCCAUACGCCACGCAGCCUCCGAUACGGGUCUGAGUGAGGCUCUGCAGAAGGAGCUGCUCCUCAAGGUAGAUAGCCUGCGGGUCGUGCCGACAUGGACGUGGGCGUACAAAGACCUACCUGGCUCGAUCGCCUCGGGCCUGGGCAUACGCCCUCGAACUAGGGUGAUGCCAGAGCACGGCGGCAACCAGCCUGCCCUGCAAUGCGACGAGGCCGCGCGUGCGAUUGCCAAGGGGGAGAGCGAGGUUGCGAUCUUGACUGGAGGAGAGGCGCUCGCCUCCCUUGGAGCCUGUCAAAAGGCUGGCCAGAUGCCCCCGAGAGGAUGGGAGGAGGCAGACCCGAGCAGCAAAUCGCUCGUCUCGCUGGACAUGUCGAUUCUGAAAGAGAGUGCCGGAACGAGACACUCCAUGGGCCUACCGAUCCAUGUCUACCCUCUCUACGAGAACUGCCGUCGGGCGCAUCGCAAGCAGACGUACCAGCAAAACUCUCGCGAGUCGGCGAGCAUGUACGCCGAGUUCGACAAUGUCGCCUCGGGGAACGAGUUUUCGUGGAACGCGGGCGAGCCGACUAAGAGCGCAGAGUUUAUCGGGACGACGUCCAAGAAGAAUCGCAUGAUCUGCGACCCUUAUCCGCUGCUCAUGAACGCCUUCAACGCGGUCAACCUCGCGGCGGCUUGCAUCGUGACGUCGACCGAGUGCGCCGCGAAGCUGGGCAUCCCGCGCGACCGGUGGGUGUACGUGCUCGGCGGCGCCGGCACGCACGAGAAAGACCACUUCUGGGAACGGCACAACUUCCACGAGAGUCCGGCCCUGUCGAGGUCCAUUGACGCCGGCCUUGAAGUCUCGGGCCUGAGCAGAGAUCAGGUAGACGUCUACGAUUUCUAUUCGUGCUUUCCCAUCGUUCCCAAGCUGGCGUGCGACCAUCUCGGGCUGCCAACAAUGGGGGGCGACAAGCCUAUUACCCUACUGGGCGGACUGACGUCUUUUGGCGGCGCUGGGAACAACUAUUCGAUGCAUGCCAUCUCCGCCAUGACCCGAGUCUUGAGAGCCAGGAAGCGCAAGACAGGCCUCAUCCUGGCCAACGGCGGCAUGCUCACGCACCAACACGUGCUCUGCCUCUCCGCCGAGCCCAGAUCUGACGGGCGCGCGUACCCAAGCCGGAACCCCCUCCCGCUCAUCAUCGACGAGUCGUCGCAGCCGUUCACCGAGUCUGCCGAAGGCCCGGCAACCAUCGAAACGUACACUAUCGAGUACGACCGGCAGGGCGCGCCGUCACUGGGUCUCAUCGUCGGCAAGCUGCAGGGCUCGGGGGAGCGCUUCCUGGCCAACCACGAGGACGAGCAGACGCUCGCGCAGCUGGCCAACACGUCGACCGAGCAUGUCGGGCGUGCCGGUUUCGUGCGGAAAGACGAUGAUCGGAACCUGUUUUACUUUGACUUGAAGACGAGGCUGUAG